ACAAGUCUCCCCAGUUUUAAAAAACGCGGGUUCCCCGCCAACGUGGUCGGUUUAUACCCUCACAAAAAUACUCACACUCCUAACAGAAAACACACACACAGAGUAAUCAUCAUUUCUUCAUCUCUAAGAAUAUCUACCUACAUAUAUAUGCAGGAAGUUCUUACAAAAAAAAAAAAAAAAAAAAAAAAAAUCAUUUACCAGCUGCAACAAUUUUGUACCUUUCAGAUGUGCAAAAGUUUGGAAGUUUGUAUAUACUUUAAGUCCUGAGAUUAAAAUUUUACUUUAGGCCAUUAAUUUUAUUGAGACGCCCUUGUUUCUACAUAAUUGAAUUGAUCAGGCACUCGUACAACUGCGGAGGGAUGGGAGGAGGAGAGCGUAAUUCAAUGGGAGCUUUAGUGCCGACGGUUAAAUCGGAGCCGGUGAAUGCCGGAGAAACUUCAGCUCCGGCAGAAGCGGCUCCGGCGGCGGUGACGACGGCGGCGGUGGCGGUGACGGUUGUUAAGGAGGAAGUGACGGCGGAGAAGGAAGUGGAACUGGAAGUGGAUAAGGAUACGUUGUGUCCAAUAUGUAUGCAAAUUAUAAAGGAUGCAUUUCUAACAGCGUGUGGACAUAGUUUUUGUUAUAUGUGUAUUGUUACUCAUCUUCAGAACAAAAGUGAUUGUCCUUGUUGCUCUCAUUACUUGACUACUAAGCACCUUUAUCCUAAUUUUCUUCUCAAUAAGUUAUUGAUGAAGAGAUCUGCUCGCCAAAUCGCCAAAAGUGCUACACCUGUGGAACAACUUCGCCAGGCAAUACUGCAGGGAUGCGAGGUGUCCGUUAAAGAGCUGGAUAGUCUAUUAUCACUUCUUAUGGACAAGAAAAGAAAAAUGGAACAAGAAGAAGCUGAAACAAAUCUUCAGAUUUUGCUUGAGUUUCUCCAGUGUUUAAGGAAGCAAAAAGUUGAAGAGCUUAAUGAGAUCCAAAAUGAUCUCCAGUACAUUAAAGAAGACAUAAAUGCUGUGGAGAAGCGGAGAGUAGAGUUAUAUAGGGCAAGGGGUAGAUAUUCAGCAAAAAUGAGAAUGCUAGUCGAUGAUUCUUCUGCAAUGACAGCCAGGCCUUCAUUGAGAGAUAAGGGAAGUGGUGCAAUUGUUUCUAGUUCUCUCAAUUCACAAGAACAAGGUCGUGCUGGCACUCCACGGAGGAACACUGAUGCAAGAGCUCCCGGGAAUUCUCAACUUGUGCAAUGGAAGAAUGACCACCACGGUGGAUCAGAUUCACAGGAUCCUAAUCAACCUGGGAAGGCAAUAGCAAGGAAAAGACGCGUUCAUGCACAGUUCAAUGAGCUUCAAGACUGUUACCUACAAAAGAGGCGCUAUUCGGCAAGACAGUCACAGAAACAGGGAGAAAGGGUAGCAAAUCUCAUGAAUAGAGAAGGUUAUUCUGCGGGACUUGAGGAUUUUCAAUCUGUUCUAUCUACCUUUACGCGAUACAGUCGGCUGCGAGUUGUUGCUGAACUCAGGCAUGCUGACCUUUUCCACUCGGCCAAUAUUGUUUCAAGUAUUGAAUUUGACCGAGAUGAUGAAUUGUUUGCUACUGCUGGGGUAUCGCGAAGAAUUAAGGUCUUCGAGUUUUCAUCAGUGGUAAACGAAACAGCAGAAGCGCAAUGUCCUGUUGUUGAAAUGUCUACCCGAUCCAAACUAAGUUGUUUGAGUUGGAACAAGUACACUAAAAACCACUUAGCAAGCAGUGACUAUGAGGGUAUAGUAACGGUUUGGGAUGUUACGACUCGUCAGAGUGUGAUGGAAUACGAAGAGCAUGAAAAACGAGCAUGGAGUAUUGACUUUUGCCGUACUGAACCUUCUAUGCUUGUCUCUGGUAGUGAUGAUUGCAAGGUCAAAAUUUGGUGUACGAAGCAGGAAGCCAGCAUUCUUACCAUUGACAUGAAAGCUAACAUUUGCUCGGUGAUGUAUAAUCCAGGAUCCAGCGCUCAUGUAGCUGUGGGUUCUGCAGAUCAUCACAUUCACUAUUAUGACUUGAGAAAUAUUAGCCAGCCACUGCACAUUUUCAGUGGGCACCGUAAAGCUGUUUCAUAUGUAAAAUUUUUAUCCAACUACGAGCUAGCUUCUGCAUCAACUGAUAGUACAUUGCGUUUGUGGGAUGUCAAGGAGAACGUUCCUCUCCGUACUUUUAAAGGACAUACGAAUGAGAAGAACUUUGUAGGUCUUACAGUAAACAGCGAAUACCUUGCAUGUGGUAGCGAGACAAAUGAAGUGUUUGUCUAUCACAAGGCAAUUUCUAAGCCAGCAGCUCGGCACAGAUUUGUUUCUGACGAUCAGAACGAUCCAGAUGGGGACAUGAGAUCAUUUUUCAUCAGUGCUGUUUGUUGGAAACGUGACAGCCCAGCGAUUCUAACAGCAAACAGUCAAGGGACAAUAAAAGCACUCGUUCUCGCUGCUUGAUCGUAACAUUUGAAUGAUCAAACAAUUCAAAUGAUCGAUAACAUCUGAAUGAUCGUUAACAUUUGACUGACGAAGAGGCUUGUUGAAAAGGAAAAGAGGUACAAGUUCUCCACAACAAUUCUCCAUUGUACAUGAAUAACCAGAUUAUUAGGCUAACGUUGGUUUCCGAUUUUGGUGGUUCCUUACACCAAGUCUGUUUGAUGGGAAGGCAGAUGUAGCUUUUGAUGGGUGAUUACAUAGUAGUCGCAUAAUUCUUAUAGUUUAGUGUGUAUCUCUUCUUUUCUGGGGUUGAGUUUAAAGAAAGUCCAGGAUUCCGGAGUUGCAUUUAUAUAGUAUAUAGAAAUGAGGAUAGCAGAGUGAAAAUUGUAGUGAAAACAUGAAUUACCUGUUUCUGCAAGAACUAUUUUGCCAUCCGACUCUAGUAUGUAAACAUUAUUUUCACACUUUUAAUUCUUGUCAAUUACCCAAGGUCUUAAUUA